CGGAGCUCUACCCUGCAAUCCCUAGACAGCAGUGGAAAUACCAGGAAACAAGGUGGAAACAACCCACCCCCGCAUCACACCCCGGAUAAACCCGGGCCCGGGCCCCGACCCGCCCCAAAAUCACUCACGCCACCACCGAAUCUGCAUCUAAUCAACACAGAACGUCAAAUCCCCAGCCACCACAUUCCAACCUGAACCCAUUUCCAGCUCAUCCUUUCCAGAAAACGCCACCAAAAUCAGGGCACAAGCCCACAAAGCCCCAACUUCAUCUCACCCAGUGCCCCUUCCCCCACUCCCCAAUCACACAAAACAACUUGAACCCCCUACGACAUCCCCCAAAAGUACAACCACACCAGACCAGGCAACCGUGCAACCACCCAAAAUGUCCCUCCCCCAAAUCUCCGCCCAGUUAUCCCCCACCCCGCACCCGUUCCCCACCUGCUGCCUCGCCCUCUCCAGCACAUUGGUGACGUACCUGGGGAAGCUCCUCCCCGCCCACCCGGGAUUCACCCUCUCGAUCGGCAGCGGAUCCGGCCUGCUGGAGGCGCUGAUCGCGCUGCGCCACCCCACCGUGCCGGUGGAGGGCGUCGAGGUCCGCGGCGCCGUGAACCGGUACCUCGACGAGUGGGCGCUGAACCUCGUGCAGGGGACGUGGGAUCUGCAUCCCCGGGCGGCGGGGGCGGCGGCGUGGAUGUUCGUGUAUCCGCGGGAGCCUGGGUUGGUAAGGAGGUAUCUGGAGGGGGUUGGGGGUGGUGCGCUGCGGGUGGUGGUGUGGUUGGGGCCCCGGGCGGAUUGGGGGGACUAUCUGGGGUGUUUUGAGGAGGGGGGUUGGGUGGCGGAGGAGUUGGGGGAGGAGCAGGUUGGGGUGGCGGGGUAUGAGGUUUGUGUCGUUUUGAGGAGACGGGGGGGUUAG